ACCUUCACCUCUUCAUUUUACUAUCAUGCUCAUGAUGAUGACCAUGAUCAGCGCUAAGCAAUUCUGUUGUGUUUAGUUAUAGUCUUAGUUGUUUGUUUCCUCUCCACAGAUUGUUUUCAUCUCAUGGCUCUUAAUGAGUUUUAGUAUUAAGAUUCCACUGGUUCAUAGGUUUUAAGCAGAACCCUUCAGUUGUAAGAGUAGCAAUAGAAGUAGUGCAAUACUAUUUACUGUUGAUUCUAGAUUGAUUAGAUUUAGGUUGGAGCGUUCCCAGGUAUGUCUGUUACAUUCUCCUCGGCCUUUGUCAGACUGCUGUUAUUGUAUCCAAUACCCCAGUGCUUAGAGUCAAGUCUAUACACCAGAGAUCCUUACUUGUAUACCUUUUGUACUUGGAAUUCUUGAAACCUAAACUAUAGGGUUUAUGAUCUCCUGUUCAACCAUCUGUUAUGGAUUUCAAGUAGAGAGGCUUAAUCAAGCCUUCGAUAUAUAUUUACACAAUCAGUAUCUGUCAAGAGAACUUGAAAAUCCUUUACUGUCAAGUGGUUGGGUAAUCAGUAUAUAUCUAUCUAUCUGUCAGUAGAGAUUGAAAAGCCUCGAAUACCAAAUGGGUGAAUGGUAGAAGAAUUAGGAGAGCUUGAAAGUCCCUGAUUGCCAUCUGGGUCAUCAGUUUAUGUAUCAGGAGAGCUUGAGAAUCCUUGUUUCCGGAGUGGGUCAUUAGCAUAUGUAUCAAGAGAGCUUGAAAAGCAUUAAAAUACCAAGUGGGUAUUCAGUGUCUUUUGCAGUGCAGGAUACCAACUUGGAGGUUGAGGAAGAAAUAGGUGCUUUGGGAGUCGUACUUGAGAGGAAAGAAGAGCUUUAAAGUCCUCGAAGACCAAAGUGGGUGUUCAGUCUAUUGCAUGAUCCAUAACAUAUACCAAUUUGGUGUGUAAUAAGUUCUAUAUAGACUGAAGUAUACUGGAGAGGAGGACUUGGAAGACAUGAGUACAGAGGUUGUAGUAGGGCAUGGUGAAGGAUCUUCAUCCAAUGGGACUUGUGAAGGCAGCAGGGAAGUUAUUGCAGCCACUGCACAACCAAGCCGGUAUGAAUCACAGAAGAGGAGGGACUGGAACACUUUUGGCCAGUAUUUGAAGAACCACAGGCCUCCCUUGGCCUUGGCAAAGUGCAGUGGGGCUCAUGUGCUUGAAUUCCUUCGUUAUCUGGAUCAGUUUGGGAAAACUAAGGUUCAUGUGCCUUCCUGUCCAUUUUUUGGGCAUCCACAUCCUCCUGCUCCCUGUUCUUGCCCUCUAAGGCAGGCAUGGGGUAGUUUGGAUGCACUCAUAGGACGCCUGAGGGCAGCCUAUGAGGAGCAUGGAGGUAAGCCUGAGUCAAAUCCAUUUGGAGCAAGGGCUGUCAGGCUAUACCUGAGGGAAGUCAGGGACAUGCAGGCCAAGGCAAGGGGUAUUGCCUAUGAGAAGAAGAAGCGUAAGAGGCCUCCAAUUCAGCAACAACAGCAGCAGCAACAGCAGCAACAGCAGCAGCAGCAGCAGCAGCAAGUCCAUCAUCAGCAUCAGCAUCAUCACCAGGCUCACUUUGUUCCAAAUGAUCCUAAUACAAAUCCUGCAAUGAUGAUUGCCAUGCCCAAUCAGAAUUGAGUAUGAUGAUGGCCUUUGUUUCUGCUAUUAACUUAUAUCUGUAUAAAUGAUCAGGUCUGUAAUCAGAAAGCCCAACUAUAAACUCAUAUCUGAUCAUUAUAACCCACCUUUCUCUUCUAUUUCAAGGUCUAUCGAAUAUGUAAGUGUCUUCCUUAUGUUAUAUGUGAGCUCUAUUAUGUGUGCUUCUCUAUCUAUCUGUCUACCAUGAUCCAUAUGUCUAGGGUCUCAUCCUGUUAUUCCUAUGUUUGUUUUUAGGAUCUGUAUCCAUCUUCUUGGGUGGUCCUUCUAGGCUUAACUGUACUGGGAACUGCCACGCCCUAUUGUAAUAUCCUCGUAUGUUUCAAUGCACUUCCUAUAAAAGUUUUUGAAAUGCAUAUGCAAAGGGGAUCAUUUUCUGUGUUUAAGUUUUAUAUUAGGUAUCUUAUAAGAUACCAUUACUGUGAUGUCAGUGAAUGUCUAAAAUCUUUUUGGUUUUGAAGCCUGUUAAGGCCUUGUGAAGUCGCUAUCUAUUUACUCCAUGUUUAAGCCUUGGUGUCGUUCUCACAUCUGAAACUGAAGAUCUUAGUCUCGUUAGUAUCUAUAUGAUUAGUGGAAGCUUCGAUUAUUUGGACCUCUUGUGGGUGGGAGGGGGGGACCUAUGCACUGUAUUUGAGAAAACAUUGCAUGGUGGUCCUUGUUUGGAGGCCUUUUAAUCCCUUGAAAUGGAUCUUUAAGGCCAUGAAUAAAUUACUGUAUUAAUAGGAGCUUCAGUAUGUAAAGGGAAUUAGUAUAAUCAUUGUAAUGCAAAAGUAGAUAGAUAUAAGUAGUUAUAAUCAUGUAGCUGGAAUGUUUCAUGUAGAUUGCCUGCCUUAGCCUGCUCUCCUUGCAACUUUUAUGGUUUGCAACGAGUCUGUUGAAGGCAAGGGAACAACAAUGUAUCUCAUAUAUCAUCAAUAUCAAUAUCAGAUCCAUUAAAAGUA